AUGGCUCCUAUAUUGAACGUACCACGAUCUAUUCGUGAAGAUGAUACAGUUCGUUGUACUGAUCACAGACAAUAUCGCCAUGAUGAAGAUGAUGAUCUUAUAUUUGGAGCAUUGGAAGAUGACCAUUCUUCUAAAGAAAAACUCGAUCAAAUAUCGCCAUCAACCGAUGAAGGUAUUGGUUUGCAAUUGGAUGUUGAACGAACAAAAAAACGUGAACGUACACCAUCAUCCAUGAGUACAGUCGACGAUGACUGGGAAAAUAUGUUACCAAUUACUGAAGGUGACGGAGUUUUCAGUUUCGUUAAUCAACUUCAAUCACUAACUGAAAAACGUUCAUAUGAGCACAACGUUGGUAUGUCCAAUUUUCAUGCGAAGCAUCGUUUAAUUCGCCGGGCAAAAUCCCAAACUCUUGUUCGUUGGAAAGACGCAGCGAGAAAAGUUAUUAAACUUAAAGAUCCAUGGGGUGAUUUCAAAAUUGAUCGUUAUCCAGAAGAAAAUGUUAUACGUCAUGAAUUUGAUCCUAUUAAACGUACAUGGCAUACAAGUGAUAUAACGAUUAAAAUUGAAUCGAAACCAUUUGCUCAUGGUAGCAUGCGAGAAUGUUUUCGAUUAAAAAAGCUUUCUGCUUUUUCGUCUCAUCACGAUUGGGAUCAUUCAAGCAAUUAUAUCGCUAAACGAUAUACGGAUGAGGUACCAACAUCACGCUAUUUUGAUGAUGUUAUGAUGCAAAUGACAACAAAAUUAUGGGCAUCACAUUACAAUCAACAUAAUCCACCUAAAAAAGUCGAUAUCGUGCAAAUGAGUGUUUUGGAAUUUAAAGAUCGUGCUGGCCGACCUCAUUAUCAUUUAGAACGAUUUAUUGAAGGAAAUUAUAUCAAAUAUAAUUCCAAUAGUGGCUUCGUUUGCGAUGAUAAUACUCUACGUCAUACACCUCAGGCAUUUAGCCAUUUUACAUUCGAAGCAUCAUGUCAUGAGCAGAUUGUUGUUGAUAUUCAAGGUGUUGGCGAUUUAUAUACUGAUCCGCAAAUUCAUACAAGUCUUGGUUUUGAAUAUGGCGAGGGUAAUCUUGGUAUUCGUGGCAUGACUUUAUUUUUUUCAACUCAUGAAUGUAAUCCAAUAUGUGCACGUCUUAAUUUGACACCAUUUGACUUAUCACCUGGUGAACUUGAUCGACAUAUGCAACAUGUGUCAAGUCCAUUGCAUGCACCGAAUAUGCAAGCACAAACAGCAUGUCGUGGUUCAGAAGAACCAUUGAAUGGUCUUUCAAUGUUUGGUUCAUUAUUUCGACGACUUCGUUCGCAAUCAUCAAUAUCAGAAGACGAAUCCGAUGGUUAUGUUUCGGAAGCAUCGUCAAUUACAUGUGCGAACGCUAAUUUAAUUGAUCGCAGUGUAUCCGUCCCACAAAAUGGCCAGUUACUGACAACACUCAGUGAUGAAAAUUUUCCAUUAUCAACAUCAAUGACAAAAAAUAGAGGGCAAUUUUUAUCAACAUCGGUUAGUUUACAUAGCCCAUCGCCUAACUAUUAUUCGCAUUCACAUUCUGAUUUGACUUUCAAUCUCGAAGAUAUUUACAAUGCACAAACACCAAGUAGCUAUGGAAACCAUCAUCGGGCUUCAUCAGUUAUGCUUGAAAAGGCUCAAAUGGAAAAAUUGCAACAAAUAACUGCGUGUUAUGAAAAAUAUGAAAGUAUUCUGGGACAGAUUCAUCUUGAAAUGUGUAAAUGUUAUCAAGUUGGUCGAUUUAGCGAACUAGGCACUGAAGAUUUCGAUGCAGAAUCAGCAUUGUUUCAUUUAGAACAAGCAGCUGAAUUAUAUGUCAAAGAUGCCAUAUUUACACUUGCAAAAAUUUAUCUGGAUUUGCCACGUGAUUUAUUAUCACAUUAUCGUCCAAUGCAAAGCGAUCUAGCUCCAAAAGGUAUAAAUCUCUUGAUUCGCGCCAGUGAACUUCAAGAAAUAGAAGCAAAUCUUUAUUUGGCACAAUUCUAUGAUAAAGGCAUCGAAGGAGCUUUAGAAUCUGAAUGGAAACAAGCAGCGAUGUAUUAUGAAAAAUAUAUUCAAAUACGUGAAAAUGAAUCAACGAAUAUUGCUGAAGAUAGUGAAACUAAUGAACCAGCUCAAACAGACUCAACUGAUAACGGAAUUUCAUUUCACGAUCAUCAUGAUAUUGUUGCUCGUUUAGCUACUUUGUAUAAAACAGGUGGACAUAAUUUACAAUGUGAUUAUAAAAAAGCAGGUGAUUUGUUUAACAAAGCUGCAGAAAUGGCGACUGAAGCAAUGAAAGGACGUCUUGCUACUAAGUAUUACAUGGCAGCGGAAGAAGCGUAUGCCAUGGCACCGGAUGAAGAAAGUGAAAGCAAUUAA